AUGUCCACGACCCACCGAGACUCCUCGGAAACACGACCCCUGCUUCAGCAGGACGACGUCACGUCUUAUCAUUCUGUACCAGGCUCUGGGGAUUCCACUCCUCAAGAACCCCCACCACCGCUCAAUAGAGUCUCCGGUACCGACCUUGCAUGGGUUUUGGCAGGGCUCUGGAGUGCUGUCUUUCUCGGCGCCCUUGACGGAACCAUCGUUGCUACCCUCCUCUCCCCGAUCGGCAGCUAUUUUAAUGAGUCCAAUCGUGCUUCCUAUAUCGGCACAUCAUACCUACUCUCGGUCUGCUGCUUUACCCCACUUUAUGGUCGCUUGGCCGAUAUCCUCGGCCGCAAGGGAGCAAUGCUGCUAGCCUUGUCGCUCUUCGGCGUGGGAACCUUCCUCUGCGGUUUGGCACCUUCGAUGGAUGCGCUUAUCGUCGCCCGAGCAGUGGCAGGCAUGGGGGGCGGAGGAGUCAUGACAGUAUCUAGUGUCGCCGUGACAGAUCUGAUCCCUCUCCGUCAGCGCGGGCUCUAUCAGGGCAUGACGAAUAUUCUUUUUGGCCUGGGUGCAGGCCUGGGCGGUCCCAUCGGCGGGUGGCUGAACGACAACUUCGGAUGGCGAUCCGCGUUCCUCUUUCAGAUGCCCAUUCUCGUGUUCUCAUUUGCGCUCGUCAUCGCGAAGGUCUCCAUUAAACUGCCUGAUGAGGUCGAGUCGCAGAGCCUGCAACAUAAGCUCCGGCGAAUCGACUUUUUUGGCUCGCUCACGCUCGUCGGCACGGUCGGCUGCCUCCUGCUGGGCUUCAGCCUGAAGUCGACGGAGGAGCUGUCGUGGGGGCAUCCUAUUAUCUGGGGCUUGUUCACAGCGAGCGCAGUAUGGGGUGCUCUCUUCGUCGCAGUCGAGACAUACUGGGCGCCGUACCCGGUUAUGCCAAUGCGGCUGAUCAAACAGCGGACGCCGCUGGCAGUGUCGCUCUCGUGCUUCUUUGGCAGCGUAGCCGCGUUUUCGACGCUGUAUAAUGUGCCUCUGUAUUUCUCCGCCGUGAGAUUAAAUUCCUCGACGGACGCAGGACUGCACCUGUUGCCACAUUCGGUUGCGAUCUCCACAGGCAGUGUAUUCGCUGGCUGGGUUAUGAGACGGACCGGAAAAUUAUAUAACCUGACUCUGAUCACGGCUAUUAUGACCAUCGUCGCAGCGACGAUGAUCAUCUUCUGGACCGACAGUACAUCUACAUUUCACCUAUGGUUUGACAUUGUCCCUCAAGGGUUUGGUAUGGCCAGCGUAAUCACGACCACAUUAAUCGCAAUGAUUGCGAGUGUGGCCAAGGAGGAUAUGGCGGUGGCUACCGGCAUCACGUAUCUCUUCCGAACUACUGGUCAAGUGCUUGGAGUCAGUCUGAGCGGUGCGCUAUUGCAAGCCGUCUUGACUCGCAAGCUGCGCGAACGCAUAACAGGGCCGGGCGCGCUAGAGAUGAUUGAAAAGAUUCGUCAUUCGACGAGCAUUAUCGCGGAACUCAGCCCGGACCUGCGGCAAGCAGCCGUCAGCAGUUAUGCAGAUGCCUUACGCAUCGUCUUCAUCUGCCAGGCCGCUGCGAACUUCCUGUGCUUUGUGUGCUGUCUCCCCAUCCAGGAGAACCCCUUGCCAGGUACGCACGAAGAGCAGGAAGCGCAGUACCGGCAGCGAAAAUACACAAUAGACAGUAGAACGGCGUCCGAGUCGUGACGCCUUGCAUCAAUAAUGUACUGUAUCGUUACAGCAGUAUAUCGUUAUAACAUAACUUUGCGAAA